AUCAUUUCCAAAUGAUAGGUAUAUCUUAUCUGAUUAACUAUCGCGUACUCUGCUAGACAUUCAGUAUCGUAUUUCUGAGUGUUGACGUAAUAUGUGAAAUGUGUUUAUUGCCAAGGAUUUUGUAGAUCAGCAAUGCAAGCCUCGUCAAGUUGGAGUCGGUACCAGGGGUACCCGUACGUCAACCCUCAUUUCACUGACGCGCCCACUUCAAAUCCAGGGCAGACCUCACGCUGGGCCAACUUGCCCAGGAGGCCACAGAGUGGUGACCUUGGCAGGCCUGAUGCAGUCUAUGUGCCAGAGCAAGUCGCAACUGCCCCGCCAGUGGAGAGGAGGGAAGAAACGCCUUCUAGUACAACGGUAACGCUGCCGCAAAAGCCCGAGCCCGACGAGAACCCAGUGGUGUAUAUAGAUCUUCCAGAGGAGGACGGGAGUGGUGUCUCAGAACAUAGAGAGGAGAGGCAGGAACCGGUCCGGGUUGAGCGUGAAGAACCCUCAGCCAGCUCCUCUAGACCACAGCUGCCGUGCAAACCGGAUCCUAGCGCGAAUCCAGUGGUGUAUAUAGACCUCAUGGUGGACGAAAGAAGUGAAGUCUUGCAAAGGGAAACGACUGAACCUCAAUAUGUACAGGAAACAAUCUUCUUCGACCCUUUUGAGAAUAAAAGGAUAGACAUUGCAAGAGCGAACACAGUGAGGUCUAAUAACUCCUUGAACUCGGAGUCAGACGUGGAGAUUGCCGACACUCCAGUGAGGGUCCCACCGCCGCGGCCGCAGAGGCCUAGGGUCCUGGAGCUGCCUGGGUCCAGUGCCUCUGGUUCAACAGCAACACCCCCCAUCUCCUUUAUAUCGUCACCAGGAUCUGAUUCGUACACCAGGCCGAUUCCAGAGUCAAAUCUGCCCCCAACGUUACCUAUAUCGGGGUUCCCAGAACCACCACCAGCGUACACUGAGUAUGACAUGCGGAACCCCACGCCAACCCCAACAGUGGUGGGCCAGCCUACGCCACAACCGCCACGAACCCAGGUUAUUGUGCCAGGACCACCCGUAGGCAUUCCAAACUUGGACCGAAAAUAUCUCAUAUGCCACCACUGCGGGAUGCAAGUCCACACUUUAGUUGUUAAAGAAGUGGGAAUGAUCACUCACCUGUGUGCUCUAUUUUGUCUGUUAAUUUGCAUGCUCCCAAUCGUUGUGAUGAUAUACUACAUGGACUGCUUGAAGAACAGGAAUCAUUUCUGCCCAAACUGCUACAAGGUGAUAGCAUACGAACUACCCAUGAACGCGAAGAAAGUGAUGUACGUACCAUAACCGGGGCAAGGAUUUCUGAAGGACUUACAGCAAAGAAUAUUCUCGAACAUGAGAUAAAUGUAAUUUUUCAUUUUGUUUCUACUAAAAUUGUCUGCCGUUUCAGUGAACAAUGUUAAUAUUAUGGGUCCUUUCAUAUAUUACGUCUGAGAGGGUCAACGUGGGCCAUCAUGUCACAUGGGGUUAGGGGUCAUAAGUCUUAAUCUUAAAUAGGUGUUACGUCACAAGUUAAGAAGGGGAGGAGUCUAAGAAGUGUAACAUUCUUUUCAUGACGUCACAUGACAAAAUAUUCAGUAUUAACACACAGAACAUUAUUUGUAAACAAAAAAAAUAGUCUAUCUCUGGCCAUACACGCUCGCUCCCUUAGAACUAAGGCGACCGAACUCAAAAAGAUAAUUUGUAAUGAAUAAAAUAGAUUUGAAAACAAUGUAGAAGGCAGUGAAUUGGGUUGUCGUCGGAAGAGAGAAUCCCUUCUAUCUAUAAUUUUUCUCGUUGAAGAGGUAAUAUUUCUCCUGACUAUGAAGGCUGCAGUCUUCGAAACGUCGGGAGAAAAUUAUAAUACAAAAACUUCGAUAAAUUCCGAAAAAUAGUUUUAUUACAAUGUCUAACAUGCGCGUAAACAUAUGAAAUUAUUAAAUAAAUAAAAACAUGUCAAAAAAUCUCUGCGCUGAUUGGACCAUUUUCGCGACGGAUAGAAAAAGAGAUUGGGAUCGUUUAUUGAAAACGGCGGAUAGUUAAAUGGAUAAGCAUUUGAAGAAAAAUGUUUGAAAUACUAUAUUUAUAACCAUGUUUAGUAAUGUGUUAUACGGAUUUAUUGUAAUAUAUUCAUUUGACAUUGCGUUACUAAAUGAAAUCACAUACUUAUCUUGAAAAUAACACUACAAUAAAUAACUCGGACCGUAGAUGUAAAAUAAAACACUGUAAUUUUCGAACAAAAUAAAUAUUAAAAAGUAAUUUUAGUUUACGCGCCCUAAUGCCAUUACUACUCUAAGAUAAUUCAUCGCCGCAACAUCAUACUUUCAGUCAGAAAUACACUCACAUGCAAUAUUUCAACCAAAACUAUAAAAAGAUAAAAAUAAAACCGGUAUUUUUGUUAUAAAAUAUUCUUUAUUAAUUAAUAUUUUUUGGCACAAUAACAUAGGUGGUGUGGUUUCAUUUAAUAACGUAAUGCCAAUGACCCUGUAUAAUUCACUUAAGCACUUGAACAUAGCGUUAAAGUUACUUGACCUAAUAAUAUGUAAAGUCGCAGCGCAGUCGAAACAGAGGCGAAAGAUAAAAAAGCCCUAAACGAAUUUAAAUUUCGUCGAAUGACAUAAAAGAUAAAAGAAAAAUAAUAUAUGCGUGAUUCUCCGUUUCGACGAGGUGUCGACUCUGUUUCGACUGUGAGUGAACUGAUCAACUUUCGAACUAUGUGCACCAUAUAAAAAUCUAUAAUAAUAUUUAUAUUUUUGAUACAAUUUGUAACUUUCUUUGUAAUAUAUCAUUGCUGAUUACAACACCAUGAUCUUUAAUAAAUAAUAUAAAAAAGA